AUGGCCCCGCAAUUACCACAUCUUCCAACGCUCGCCCCCAGCCCACGAGGUCCCAUCACGCGGAAGACUACCACCGUAUCACGAUUAAAGAAGAUUUCCACCGCUUGCUUAUCAUGUAAACAAGCGAAAAGAAAGGUAGGAUGCAGCGGCGGACCACCACCAUGUAAUUCUUGCAAGACCGCGGAUGCCGAAUGCGUCUUCGAUGAGUCCCUAGACCUAAGGCGAAAGGUCGCGGCUAAACGAAACCUCGAGGAGUUGUCCUAUUACCGAAGCCUGCUAUACGCUCUCCUUGAGUCGCUUCGCAAUUCAGACGAGACCGAAUUGAACGAAAUCCUGGAUCACAUACGCGGUUCCCCAUCGCUCAACAGCAUUGCGGCCAUCGUGGCUAAGCCGACCAUAGACCCAAGCGAUGUCAGUUCCGAGGACCUCAAAGGUGGUUCUGAGGAGUCCAGCUCGCAAGCUGGAGCGCGGGAACCCGUAUACCUCGAUAUACACUCUCGAAUAACCAUGGAGAAACUUUGCGAUAUUCCUCUAGUACAAGUCCCUGCUAAGCCUUGGACAUCCGUCACCGAUGAUGGUCAACUUGUUUCGCAUCUGGUCUCUUUAUACUUUACCUGGGACAAUCCCUUAUUGCAGAUAUUGGAUCAGAAGGUCUUCCUGGAGCAUAUGAAAGCAAGGAAUACGGACUCGGAAUUCUGUACGCCGUUACUGGUGAACAGUGUUCUGGCCAUGGCAAGUGUGUACUCUGAUUUCCCUGAUGUCUUUGCUGUUCCCUCAGAAGUGGCUUCGCGCGGCCGACAUUUCUUAAUGGAAGCGGAGAGGCUUUGGAGAGCCGAAGAAGGCCAGGCUUCUCUGGCGAAUAUCCAGGCGGUAGUCCUGAUGAGUUAUGUUUUGAAGUCUCAAGGGAAGAGUCAACUCGGCUGGCUCAUGCUCAAGCAAGGUGUGCAACUUGCCCAAGAUUUCGGACUCUUCCAGGCAUCAAGACCAGUACCUCAUAGAACGUGGUCUGCCCAAUUUCAGCGUGUUGCAGCAAUCACUGCAUGGGGGAUUUAUAUCAUGAACUCUGGCGCAUACAUGGCUGAUCUUUGUGACAGGCAGGUAUCUAUGGAACUACAAAGGGUACCGGCCCUGAAACCUCCCAGCUCCAACCUGUUCAGCGACGAAGAAGCUACCGAAAAAACCAUGUGGAGUCCAUACCCUCUUACGAACAGGCUCGACUACAUCAGAAAACCGGCCCGUCUUCGUUAUGCCAUGCAGAAGUUGGCCGACCUGACUCUGAUUACGGUGGACAUCCAAGAGCUGUUGUUUGAAAAGGUAUUCGAGAUAACCGUCGAGCGACUCUGGGCAGAGGUGGGAGUGUUCCUUUCGCGCUUAGAAACGUGGCUCGUAGAUAUGAAGGGCGCUAUGGAGGAUGAAGAUCAGUCUAUGCCACACAUGUCGUUCCUGCGGAUCAAGUGUGACCAAACAAUCAUGUCGAUGUUCAGCUUUGUUUUGGGGCACAUGAUGGCUGAGCAAUCACAACACUCACCAGAGGUCCAAGAAGCGACUAAGAUUCGACUUCGGGCUGCGAAAGAAAUCGGUCGUUGUUUGCGUCAGCAGCGCCAGACUUAUGGUCUCGAACAAAUUCCACGAUACCUGCUCGAGACUGUCAAUAGCACUUGUCUUGUUUUGGCUACCGACUUGUGUGAUGAGCAUUCGCAGGAAUUGUUUGCUGAGACGUGUCGAUACCUGGUCGCGUUGAAAAAGAGGAUGGCAAAGGUGGAGGAGAUGAUUGUGAGAAUCGAAUCUCUAGUGGGAGCUGAUACCUUUGCAAGAGCCGCGGGUUACUUGAAUUAG